AUGCAAUUAUCAAUAAUAGAAAUUGUUUCGGUUGUGAUUUUUUGCGUAAUUAUUAGCAAAAUAUCGGCCGACUGUGGCUACGAGUCAUGCCGUAAGACAUACGCUACGGAUAAGCUGAACAUCCAUAUCAUAGCCCACAGUCACGAUGACGUCGGUUGGGUUAAGACAGUCGACAACUAUUAUGCCGACGAAGUUCAACAUAUAAUCACAAAUGUGGUCAACUCGUUAGCCAAAAACCCUGACCGACGAUUCACACAAGUGGAGACCUAUUACUUCAACCGGUGGUGGUCCGAACAAACAGAACAGACACGCAAUUUGGUCCAUCAGUUGGUCAGUUCGGGUCAGUUGGCGUUUGCAAAUGGCGGCUAUACGGUCAACGACGAGGGCGCUGCUCAUUACAAUGAGAUUAUCGAUCAGAUGACGUACGGACUAAAAAUUCUGGAUCACCUGUUUGGCCGAUGCGGUCGACCACUGAUUUCGUGGCAAAUUGAUCCGUUCGGUGCCUCCAAAGAGAUGGCCUCACUGUACGCUCAAAUGGGUUUCGAUGGACAUGUGUUUAAUAGAGGUGUCCAACCAAAAGGCGAGUUCAUAUGGGAAAGUAGUCCCGAUUUGGGCCAAAAAUCCAAUAUCUUUACGACUAUACUUCAUGAUCACUAUAACGCUCCCGAAGGGUUUGACUUUGAAAACGGUAACGACAUAACAACAGACAAUAAGAAACAAAAAGCCGAUUCUUUGGUCUCUUUGGCCAAUCAGUGGAAUCGCGACUUCGGUAACAGUGGACACGUGUUGAUGCCAUUUGGCGAUGACUUUCGCUUUCAAAAUGCUGACCAUUAUUUCUCCAAUUUGGACAAACUUAUUGACGCCAUUCACGAGUUUCACGGCAAAGAUAUUCAUAUAUUUUACUCGACACCGAUGUGCUAUUUGCUGGCAGUUAACCAACUAAAUCGGAUAUAUGAGACGCGCCAACGCGAUUACUUUCCUUUUUGGACCGGUUUCUUUACCAGUAGGCCGUCACUGAAACGCCAGGAGCGCUGGACAAACAGUUUGCUGCAAAUAGGAAAACAAUUGGAUGCCGUGACUCGUCUUCCGGGAGUCGAUCCGUUUGUCAAUGAAGGUCGUAAUGAGAUUGCUGUGAUGACACAUCACGAUGCCAUCACUGGCACAUCGCCUCAGUGGACAGUCAAUGAUUACGAUCAACGAUUAUUCAGCGCUACUGAUGCCAUCCGAGAAGUAGUCGAUAGGACGUAUGAAAAAUUAUUACCAUUGAAUAGACAGUCAUCUGAGAUAACAGUUCCCAAACAAAUUAUAUGCGAUAGACUUAACAUAAGUCAAUGUUUAGUAUCCGAGACCUCAGAUCAGUUGACAUUACUGAUCUAUAAUCCUAUGGGACGGCCAGUUAGUCAAUGGUUUCGUAUACCAGUUAUAUCAAACACAUCUGUUUAUGAAAUGUAUGACAGCACCGGCAGCAAAGUCGAUGACAUACAUAUAGUUCCCGUAUCGCAAAAAGUACUAAAAAUACCAGAAAGGACUACAACUGCUAAAUAUGAGAUAGUUUUUCGCGCAAAUAUAACGGCUUUAGGUUUUGUCACAUAUUUUGUCAAAAAAUCAGAAAAAUUAAUAGAAAAUUUAAGUAAAGUAUCUGAAAAUUUGCCAAAAAUUACUGACAAAAUUCAAAUGAAAGGAAAAGGAUUUACCCUUUUAUUGGACUCUAAGAUCGGAAACAUUGAAUCAAUUAAAUUACAAAAUACUGACAAAGACUAUCCGUUGCGACAGUCGUUUAAGUUUUAUAAAUCAAAUUCAGACAACUAUUAUGUGUUUUGUUCGGAAGGAUCGGUUAAUGACAUCCCGAGAGAUGAGGUUAGAUUAGAAUCGGUAUACAAAAGUGGAUCAAUUCAUGAGGUGACACAAGUGUGGAACAGUUGGAUAACGCAAACAAUACGAGUCUAUGAGGACCGGGAAUACGCAGAACUUGAAUGGAUAGUCGGAUCGAUACCUAUUGAUGACAAUAUUGGCAAAGAAGUGAUCACCAGAUUUGAGACAAAUUUUAAAACUAAAAAUGAGUUCUUCACAGAUGCUAAUGGCAGACAAAAUGUCAAAAGAGUUCGUACAUCUGAAGAAGUAAACUGUGGAAACUAUAGAAAUAGUAUUUCCAAUAAUUAUUAUCCGGUUUACGAAAGAAUUUUCAUUAGAGAUGUCAAACAGGAUAUUCAACUAACAAUACUGACCGAUAGAGCACAGGGAGGUUCCAGUGAAGCGGACGGACAGCUCGAGCUGAUGCUUCACAGACGCCUAAUUAAAGAAGUUUAUGGCAUUAAUCUUAAUGAGACCGGUGUUGAUGGCAAUGGACUGAUAGUUCGUGGAAAACAUUAUCUUUUCUUUAAACCAAUUAAUGAAUCACCAAAACUGUAUCGUGAUUUGGGUCGUCAACUAUAUUGGGAACCGUUGAUCACAUUUUCAACACUCAACGACAGCCAAGAGUCAUAUAAAUCGAAAUAUCGGACCCAAUAUUCAGGUCUUACACAACCAUUGCCUGAAAACGUGCAUUUGUUGACACUGGAAAAGUGGUCACAAAAUAAACUGCUCGUACGGUUGGAGCACAUCUAUCAAAAGGAGGACAACAACAGUCAACUGUCCAAACCAGUAAUCAUUGACUUACAGAAUCUGUUCGAAGAUAUUGUUAUCAAAGAUGUCGUGGAAAUGACUUUAAGUGCCAACCAAUUGCUAUCAGAAUCGCAACAAAAAAAGUUAAAAUGGAUAUCAAAGACAUCAACAAAUGAUAGGCUAACGAUUAAUGCCAUCAAAAAUAUUGUUGACAUCAAACAGAUUCAAUUAAUACCACAAGAGAUUCGGACAUUUAUUAUCACUGUUGAUGAUCACCAGCAAAGAGUUAAUUGUUCCCUUCAAUGGGUACCCCUAACUGAUAGCAAAAUACCGAGUGAUGCUAUUGUCGGUGGAUUUGAUGUCGAUUCUUCACCGCUAUAUGUUUGUCGAUAUAAACACAAUAAUGACAUAAUUCCGGGGAAGGCUAACAAUAAACUGGAAUGUAUUAUCACGUCUGCGGGAAAGUCGUAUAAAAUUUUGACCGACUAUGAGAUACUUGUGGGACACGAUUAUGAUUGGGUUCACAGACAUGGCGCCGAUGCUGUACCCGAUCGGUCAUUCAUUGCCGGACAUAACAGUCAGUCUACAAGUUCUAUAUAUGUUGGCAAAUGUGAUCUGUUUAUCGGUAAUCGCGAGACACAAGUCGUAGGUAAAGUUGACCAUAAGUUUUACUAUGGAUGGGGUGAUGAAGAAAAAGCUGACUGUCCUAAUCAUAAAGUCAUGAUUUGCUAA